AUGGCAGAAGAUGACCUUGGAAUGGAGGAAACACCCACCGAUUUUACAACACUUUUUCAACAAUUUUUGCAAAAAAGACAAGCCGGUGCUGAAUAUCGAAUCCCUGGAGCUGGAAUGAUAGUUCAAAAGGCAAGAAAAGUUGAAGAUACGGAACGGUUGCAAUACAUAAUUACAGGAUUUCAGGAUGCGGCUUUACAAUGGUACCUAAAUCAGGUACAAGCCUAUGAACAUCAACAACCAUUUGAAGGUUGGAAUUCAUUUGCUGAAGGCAUAAAAACAGCAUUCCAACCGCCUCAUCACCAACAACUACUGCAUCGACAAUUAAGGGACUUGAAGCAAACCACGACCGUCCAAGAAUAUGCCGCAAG